GACGAUCUAACGUCUCCGGCUCUUGAACCACCCGCCAUUGGACCCCUUUUGUCCUCCAUCUAGCGACUUUGAUCAGUCACUCUCUCCCCUUCUCGUCUUUUCUUCUUUCCAAGGGUUUUCAAGAUGUCCGCCCCGGCGUCCCGUGCCGUCCUCCGGCAAUCGCAGUUCCUGGCUCGCAGGACCGCAGUCAGACACGCCUCUUCCACCUCGGAAGCCGCUUCCAAGGCUGGCGAGGCUGCUUCUUCCACUGCCUCCAAGGCCGCUGAGGGCCUCUCUCGUGUUCAAUCCUCGGCUGGUCCCGCCAUCUCCAACGCUGCUCAGGGUCUCGGUAACGCCCUGAAGAAGGUUGGUGGAAGAACCGGAAAGGUCAUCUCUUUCGUCGAGAGCAUGAUCCCUCCCACCGUCUACUACAGCAAAGUCGGUCUCGAGCUCGCCAAGCUGGUCUUCCGUGGACAGAACAUGACCCCUCCUAAUGUCGCCACUUUCCAGGCCUACCUCGAGCCCUUGAUCCGCAACCCCACGAACUCCGCUUUCGCCCCCUCGAACAUCAUUGCCCGGAUCCGCAACGCCAACAAGAAGGAGCUCGCCUUCGCCGGUGUCACUGCCGCGGAGGUGAUCGGUUUCUUCACCGUCGGUGAGAUGAUCGGUCGGAUGAACAUCAUCGGCUACCGGGGAGAGCCUGAGCACGCCGGACACCAUUAGAUAAAUACCACGCAGUUGUGCCUUAGCCUGUCUUCCUUCCCUUUUACACAAACAUCCCCC